AGUGAACCAUGUGUGGACUGUAAAUCUUUGUCCUUGUUGAUUAUUAUUUAAGUGACUUUUUUUCGAUAUCGAUACCAAAAUAUACCUUCGCAUAACCUGUCGGCUGUUUAUCAAGGCACAACUGGCCUGUCGUCUACAUCAAGGAGAAUUAGAGUGUGUUGUUUAGAAAUUAUUAGAGAUGUACUAUUGCAAAAAAGUCGUCCGCAAUCCGCCAUUACCGUCACCGUGGAAAAGUACACCACCUGUGGGUUAUAAAUCUCGCCAGAAGUGGUGGCUAACCCCACGCACUGAAGACAAAUUCAAUUUGGAUAGUGUACCGGAAAAACAGUGGACGAUGCGUGAAGAUGCCCUUUUCUUUUCGCUAAACCUUAACACCUUAAUCCUUGCAUUUCCCUACAUUAACCAAAAAGUAAUCGAAGACACUCUAACUGCGUGUGGUAAUAGUCUUAGUGGCACUAUUAAUGUUUUAAAAUCGAAAAACUCCCUACCUGCACGCAGAUUUAUCCAGAGGUCACCUGUUUUGCAACAAAACAAAACUAAAGGGGCAGUCACAUACAUACCUACCAAAUAUGAAGACGUUCAGAUAGUCGAGAUCAACACUCCUCCUGCAGCCAACGGAUGGUCUAAUGCAUCUGGUGCGCCAAAGAUUCGUGUUGCAAAUUUGAAAAUGCUCAAAGCACCUCCAAAAAUGUUGCCAAAAACUGUAUAUUCACUUCAUGUACAGCCAAUUGUGCCAUUUAUUCCUUUUGAGAUUCCUCAGGCAGUUAAUCAGAAUAAAAGUAGUAUUCCAUCGCAACUAUGUAAAGUUGAAAAGGGUAUACAAAAACACCGUCAUAACGUUGAGUCAGAUCCAAAUCACGUUUUGGAAAGGACCUUGACUUUUUAUCCUUCUCGGGAGAAUUAGAUAUGACAUAUGUACAGACCGACGUCGCUAGUAAUGUUAAUAAAACCUCCAAUAAAGUAGGAAUUGUUUUAAAGAAAGAUAAAUUAGGAUAUACCGUUCAGUUACUGUAAAUUAUUAAUAUUUAUAGAGAACAUAGUUUCAUUUUGUUAUUGUUUAUUGUUUUUAUUGAAGUAGGUAUGUAGGAAUAAUAUUGUGUUAUUAUUUUGUAUUUCAAUGUUGCUCUAUGCAACAUGAAUAAGUUCCUAUAAAACUAUAUUUAAGUUUUGAUCAAUACUAAUUACUAAUAUAUAAUAUAUUCCUUUGUUGUGUAGUAUAAUAGGUACCUACCACAUCGUGUAGCUGACUUACCUACAUAAUGUUUUUAUACCUGUAGUUAAAUGUAUGUCAUCAGAUCUCGUCAAUGGAGAGAAUAUUUUUGUGUUUAUAGUUAAUAAAGUUCUUUAAAUAAUUUAAACAAUGGUAACCCUUGUUUAAAUAAAUUUAAACAAUAGUAAUAAGUAGAAAUGUUAUACCAAAGUGUGGGGCCAAGGAGAGUUUGUUUAUAAAAAUGAAUACAAAAUAAAACA